CGCGCUAUCUGUCUGUAGGGCGGGCGGGCCGCCCGCGGCAGUGCCCAGAGAGCGCGCGGCGCGGCCGAACGCGUGUGACCAGUGCAGUGUGUGAGUGAGUGUUGUGACCAAUCGGAUGCGACUACACCAUACGCGCUCCGCCUAAUGCAUCAACACACCAUUCGAAAUACACACAAACAGUGAUAAAUAUUCUAGUCCAAUGAAGGAAAUUAGGUUUAAGCGAAAUGAAUAUAGACUAAGAUAGUCAGUGAUACAACAAUGAAUAUAGACGAAAAAGUGUCGGGGCCCGGCGGGGCUUCGCAAAAAAACUGGACGCAUUUGAACACUAGUGACGAAUUGCCGUUGGAUAUGCGGUUCAACCACGGACAUUUGGUGUCGAUAACAGUGUAUAGUGUGUUAAUGGUGAUAUCUGCCACCGGGAACCUCACAGUGUUGUCGCAGCUCAUGAGGAGAAGAAGAGCGGGCCGCGCGAGCAGACUUGACGUACUGCUUAUGCAUUUAGCUGUGGCUGACCUUAUGGUCACUUUCCUGAUGAUGCCUCUGGAGAUCGCGUGGGCGGGGACCGUGCAGUGGCUGGCGGGGGACACCAUGUGCCGCCUGAUGAUGUUCACCAGGACCUUCGGCCUGUAUCUCUCCAGCUUCGUGCUCAUCUGUAUCUCCAUAGACAGAUACUAUGCGAUCCUAAAGCCGCUGAACGUGACGUGGGAGGCGCGUGUGCGCCGCGCACUGACCAUCGCCUGGGCAGGCGCUGGCCUCGCCAGCCUGCCCCAAAGCUUCAUCUUCCACCAGGAGGAACAUCCUGAGGUCAAAGGAUACUUCCAGUGCGUGUCGUACGGCUCACUGCCCACGGAGACACACGAGUUCGCGUACUUCCUCGUCAACAUGCUCCUCAUGUACGUGGCUCCUCUCAUCGCGACGCUGUACUGCUCGUCCGCCGCACUCCUUGAGAUCAUACGGCGAGCCAACACUGCCAAUGACAAAAUGCGUCGGAGUGGCGUGGGUAUCCUGGGCCGAGCGCGGGCGAGGACCCUGAAGAUGACCGUCACCAUAGUCUUAGUGUUCUUCACGUGCUGGUCUCCGUACUACUGCUACUGCCUGUGGUUCUGGAUCGACAAAGACACGCUGAAGAACCUGGACCCGGCGCUGCAGAAAGCGAUGUGGCUGUUCUCCUGCACCAACUCGUGCGCCAACCCGAUCGUGUACGGGGUCUUCAACAGGAACCGGUGGACCUGGGGCUCCGGGAAUAACGCGCGGUGUCGCAGCGGCAGCGCCAGACGAGGCUCUAGAAUGCCCUACUAUGGAGAAUCCAUGGAAAUAUCAGCAGCGACCCUGGCGAGGGCCAGGAGUUCACUCAGCGAGAGGAGCGGGCGACGAGACUCCGCUUACAACACGCAAAACGGAACGCAAAAGCAUCUGAACAACCUGAACAACAAUCAUGUGGAAAACGGAAUGGUCUAAACAAUUUUCCAUUUUCGUGAUGCUACGUCCACACCUAGCGAACGAACGCGUUUCUCUUUUUAGCGAACUGUGAAAUCAUACCUUUGUAUGCUAGGUGCGGACAUUGCACGACCCUCGCACUUUCUCAGGGGGCAGUGUCAAAAAAAAGUACAAAAGUCUUUCUUAACUUGUUAAAAAUCGUUUCGUGUUCUAUGUCAACCCAGGUAAUUUUGCUAGAAGUGCCCCGAACAUAGAUAAUAUGUUGAUACAUUUCUUUUAUUGAAUAGGUACUUUCGUUAAAAUUACGUUAUAUUAGAGAAUUUUAGUCAAAGGACUGAAGUAUGUGCAUCAGUUUAAAUUUACUACUUAUAGGUACUUUUAUUGAUAGUGAAGACAAUUAGCGUAGGUAUUCGAAAAUAACGGGUUGUUGAUUCCAAUAAUUAACUCGUUAUAACUGUUAUAGCAAUUUAUAUAAUGCUUGUCCGACAUCGAAUCAAAGUAAUAGAUAAUAUUAUUAUUAGGUAUAUAUGUAAAGCUUGAAAGUUGAACCAUUUUCUACCUACUAUGGAUGUGUAUUUAAAAAUUCUGAAAAUUUAACAAGCCUAGUGCUUGUUAAAUUUUCAGAAUUUAUAAAUUGUUCUUGUAAAUUUAGAAUAUAAAAAUGAAUUCCUAAAUAUGUAAAGAAAGCUUUAAUGGCUUUAAGCGUUAAACCUUAAACAUAUCUAGGAUUGUAAAGGGAUAGGUAAGUUUCCUACGGUUGUUUGUGAGGUUCGUCCCAAGCCUUGUAAAUAAGUUCAUAUGUGAACAUUCCUGUAUGUAUGUAAUACAAUGUUAUUUUUAUAUAAAACUUAGUAGUAAAUAAGACGAUGAUACUCAUGGCUUACCAACUCGAAAACAUUCCAAAUAGCUUAUAUGAUUUUUGUUAAUUAGUACAAAAAUAUUUAUUCAAUAAGACUGACUGACAGACGAUAAGAUUAUCGAUACUACACUGUUAUUUAUUUUGAUGUUUAUCUUUUGUUACCAAAUAUAUAAUUUUUUUAUUGAGUACUGAACUCAGAUUUUUUGUAGCAUAAAUAUAUAUAUAUAUAUAUAUAUAUCCUGGCUGUGAGGCUGUAGAGACUCGACUCUAUAAAAUGUAAGUUUUUACCUACAAAUUUAAAACUUAUCUAGGAAAUAAAAUCUUAGAUAUAAAAUA